CGGCUGUGCAAGAGUCAGAUACUGAGGCAAAACUUCCUGAGGCAGAAAUCGAAGUCAAAGGUCUAGAUGGAGAGUCUGUGAUUCUUUCUUCAGAAGAUGCAGAAUUGAAAAUGGAAAAGGGAAAAUUCAAGAUGCCAGAACUUCAUAUGCCAAAAUUUGGCAUUUCUUUCUCUAAAGGUUCAAGCAAACAGGGUAAAGAGGAUGAGUCUAUAUCCAAACUAGAUAUCACAUCUCCAAAAGUAGAACUUGACGUGAAGAAGCCGCAUAUCUCAACAGAAGGUAAAGCUGAAGUGAAGGUGACUGCCCCCGAAGUUUCAAUAUUGAGAACAAAGCCUUCUGUUGAACUGGCAACAGGGGAGCUCAGCAUUAAAGUACCAAGAGCUAAUGAUGACAUUAAAGUUGACAGAGAACAAGUCCUAGAGGCGGAGAUGCCAGAUGUGGACGUUUCAGUAUCUACCACUAAGAAAAAACAAAUUGCGAUAACGUUGAAAGAAACGGAUAUCACCUUAACAAAACCUAAAGUAAAACCUGCAGCAAUACAAGGGGAUACUGAACAAGAAACCGUGGAAGAUAAGGAAAAAGAUGGAAAACAAAUAAAAUUCAAGAUGCCCCAGGUGAAAAUGCCAAUGUUUGGAGUGUCAGUCUCGGCAGAGAAAGUGCCUAAAGAAGAAAUACAUGUGGGAGAGAUCAAACCUGAAGUUUCAUUACCAGGAGUAGCUGUUGAUUUUAAAGGUCCUCAAGUGACAACUGUUACAACUGGUCUUGAUGUCAGUGGAGGAAGACCUGAAAUCGAUCUCGCCUCACAAAAUAUUUCUGUGACAGCUCCACAAAUAGAUGUCCAACUACCAUCAAUAACAACACGCCUCCAAAGCAAAGAAGUACAACUAAAGGAACCCGAACAGCCAGAGCUUGUGGAGUCCAUUCCAGGUAUAAAAACUUUUGAUGUUACCGUUCCUGGUGUGGAAACAGACAUUCAUUUGCCAAAAAUCGAGAAAACAAAGAGAGAAACCGGAGAAGAAAUUGAAGCAUCGUCAAAGGAAGAUACUGAAAAGGACAAGAAGAAAGGAAAAUUCAAAAUGCCUCAUUUUAAAAUGCCUUCAUUUGGAUCUUCAGCAUCACCAGAAAAACUUCCAAAAGAUGCAGUUGAUGCUGGCUCAGCAAAAGUAGACAUUAAACUCCCAAAAGCAGAUUUGGAAAUUAAAGGUCCCAAAGUCCAAGUGAGUGAAGUUCAAGAGGCUUCAAUGCUGUCAAAACCUGAACAGGUACUCACUGUAACUAUGCCGUCUGUUGAAGUUGAAGAGAGAGAUGUUGAUAUUAAAUUACCAGGAGAAACGUUAGAAGAAAAGGGUAAAGAAAGCAAAUUCAAAUUGCCAAAAAUCCCUGACUUUGAUAUUGCAUUCCCUAAAAUAAAGAGCUCAGACGAAUCGGCUGUGCAAGAGUCAGAUACUGAGGCAAAACUUCCUGAGGCAGAAAUCGAAGUCAAAGGUCUAGAUGGAGAGUCUGUGAUUCUUUCUUCAGAAGAUGCAGAAUUGAAAAUGGAAAAGGGAAAAUUCAAGAUGCCAGAACUUCAUAUGCCAAAAUUUGGCAUUUCUUUCUCUAAAGGUUCAAGCAAACAGGGUAAAGAGGAUGAGUCUAUAUCCAAACUAGAUAUCACAUCUCCAAAAGUAGAACUUGACGUGAAGAAGCCGCAUAUCUCAACAGAAGGUAAAGCUGAAGUGAAGGUGACUGCCCCCGAAGUUUCAAUAUUGAGAACAAAGCCUUCUGUUGAACUGGCAACAGGGGAGCUCAGCAUUAAAGUACCAAGAGCUAAUGAUGACAUUAAAGUUGACAGAGAACAAGUCCUAGAGGCGGAGAUGCCAGAUGUGGACGUUUCAGUAUCUACCACUAAGAAAAAACAAAUUGCGAUAACGUUGAAAGAAACGGAUAUCACCUUAACAAAACCUAAAGUAAAACCUGCAGCAAUACAAGGGGAUACUGAACAAGAAACCGUGGAAGAUAAGGAAAAAGAUGGAAAACAAAUAAAAUUCAAGAUGCCCCAGGUGAAAAUGCCAAUGUUUGGAGUGUCAGUCUCGGCAGAGAAAGUGCCUAAAGAAGAAAUACAUGUGGGAGAGAUCAAACCUGAAGUUUCAUUACCAGGAGUAGCUGUUGAUUUUAAAGGUCCUCAAGUGACAACUGUUACAACUGGUCUUGAUGUCAGUGGAGGAAGACCUGAAAUCGAUCUCGCCUCACAAAAUAUUUCUGUGACAGCUCCACAAAUAGAUGUCCAACUACCAUCAAUAACAACACGCCUCCAAAGCAAAGAAGUACAACUAAAGGAACCCGAACAGCCAGAGCUUGUGGAGUCCGUUCCAGGUAUAAAAACUUUUGAUGUUACCGUUCCUGGUGUGGAAACAGACAUUCAUUUGCCAAAAAUCGAGAAAACAAAGAGAGAAACCGGAGAAGAAAUUGAAGCAUCGUCAAAGGAAGAUACUGAAAAGGACAAGAAGAAAGGAAAAUUCAAAAUGCCUCAUUUUAAAAUGCCUUCAUUUGGAUCUUCAGCAUCACCAGAAAAACUUCCAAAAGAUGCAGUUGAUGCUGGCUCAGCAAAAGUAGACAUUACACUCCCAAAAGCGGAUUUGGAAAUUAAAGGUCCCAAAGUCCAAGUGAGUGAAGAUCAAGAGGCUUCAAUGCUGUCAAAACCUGAACAGGUACUCACUGUAACUAUGCCAUCUGUUGAAGUUGAAGAGAGAGAUGUUGAUAUUAAAUUACCAGGAGAAACGUUAGAAGAAAAGGGUAAAGAAAGCAAAUUCAAAUUGCCAAAAAUCCCUGACUUUGAUAUUGCAUUCCCUAAAAUAAAGAGCUCCGAUUUGAAAUCGGCUGUGCGUGAAUCAGAUACUGAGACAAAACUUCCUGAGGCAGAAAUCAAAGUCAAAGGUCUAGAUGGGGAGCCUGAGAUUCUUUCUUCAGAAGAUACAGAAUUGAAAAUGGAAAAGGGAAAAUUCAAGAUGCCAGAACUUCAUAUGCCAAAAUUUGCCAUUUCUUUGUCUAAAGGUUCAAGCAAACAGGGUAAAGAGGAUGAGUCUACAUCCAAACUAGAUAUCACAUCUACAAAAGUAGAACUUGACGUGAAGAAGCCGGAUAUCUCAACAGAAGGUAAAGCUGAAGGAAAGGUGACUUCCCCUGAAUUUUCAAUAUUGAGAACAAAGCCUUCUGGUUACCUGGCAACAGGAGAGCCCAGCAUUAAAGUAACAAGACCGGAAGGUGACAUUAAAGUUGACAGAGAACAAGUCCUAAAGGCCGAGAUGCUAGAUGUGGACGUUUCACUAUCUACCACUAAGGAAAACCAAAUUGCGAUGACGUUGAAAGAAACGGAUAUCACCUUAACAAAACCUAAAGUAAAACCUGCAGCAAUACAAGGGGAUACUGAACAAGAAAUCGUGGAAGACAAGGAAAAAGAUGGAAAAAAAAUAACAUUCAAGAUGCCCCAGGUGAAAAUGCCAAUGUUUGGAGUGUCAGUCUCGGCAGAGAAAGUGCCUAAAGAAGAAAUACAUGUGGGAGAGAUCAAACCUGAAGUUUCAUUACCAGCAGUAGCCGUUGAUGUUAAAGGUCCUCAAGUGACAACUGUUACAACUGGUCUUGAUGUCAGUGGAGGAAGACCUGAAAUCGAUCUCGCCUCACAAAAUAUUUCUGUGACAGCUCCACAAAUAGAUGUCCAACUACCAUCAAUAACGACACGCCUCCAAAGCAAAGAAGUACAACUAAAGGAACCCGAACAGCCAGAGCUUGUGGAGUCUGUUCCAGGGAUAAAAACUUUUGAUGUUACCGUUCCUGGUGUGGAAACAGACAUUCAUUUGCCAAAAAUCGAGAAAACAAAGAGAGAAACCAGAGAAGAAAUUGAAGCAUCGUCAAAGGAAGAUACUGAAAAGGAGAAGAAGAAAGUAAAAUUCAAAACGCCUCAUUUUAAAAUGCCUUUAUUUGGAUCUUCAGCAUCACCAGAAAAACUUCCAAAAGAUGCAGUUGAUGCAGGCUUAGCAAAAGUAGACAUUACACUCCCAGAAGCGGAUUUGGAAAUUAAAGGACCCAAAGUCCAAAUGAGUGAAGAUCAAGAGGCUUCAACUCUGUCAAAACCUGAACAUGUACUCACUGUAACUAUGCCAUCUGUUGAAGUUGAAGAGAGAGAUGUUGAUAUUAAAUUACCAGGAGAAACGUUAGAAGAAAAGGGUAAAGAAAGCAAAUUCAAACUGCCAAAAAUCCCUGACUUUGAUAUUGCAUUCCCUAAAAUAAAGAGCUCAGAUGUGAAAUCGGCUGUGCAUGAAUCAGAUACUGAGACAAAACUUACUGAGGCAGAAAUCAAAGUCAAAGGUCUAGAUGGGGAGCCUGAGAUUCUUUCUUCAGAAGAUGCAGAAUUGAAAAUGGAAAAGGGAAAAUUCAAGAUGCCAGAAAUUCAUAUGCCAAAAUUUGGCAUUUCUUUCUCUAAAGGUUCAAGCAAACAGGAUAAAGGAGAUGAGUCUACAUCCAAAAUAGUUAUCACAUCUCCAAAAGUAGAACUUGACGUGACGAAGCCGCAUAUCUCAACAGAAGGUAAAGCUGAAGUGAAUGUGACUGCCCCUGAAAUUUCAAUAUCGACAACAAAGCCUUCUGGUGACCUGGUAACAGGGGAGCUCAGCAUUAAAGUACCAAGACCGGAAGGUGACAUUAAAGUUGACAGAGAGCAAGUCCUAGAGGCGGAGAUGCCAGAUGUGGACGUUUCAGUAUCUACCACUAAGGAAAAACAAAUUGCGGUGACACUGAAGGAAACGGAUAUCACCUUAACAAAACCUAAAGUAAAAACUGGAGCAAUACAAGGGGAUACUGAACAAGAAAUCAAGGAAGAUAAGGAAAAAGAUGGAAAACAAAUAAAAUUCAAAAUGCCCCAUGUGAAAAUGCCAAUAUUUAGAAUGUCAGUCUCGGCAGAAAAAGUUCCUAGGCAAGAAAUGCAUGUGGGAGAGAUCAGACCUGAGGUUUCAAUAGCAGCUGUAGCUGUUGAUGUUAAAGUUCCUCAAGUGACAACUGUUACAACUGGUCUUGAUGUCAGUGGAGCAAGACCUGAGAUAGAUCUCGCCACACAAAAUAUUUCUGUGGCAGCUCCACAAAUAGAUGUCCUAAUACCAUCAACAAAGUCAAGCCUCCAAAGCAGAGAAGUACAACUAAAGGAACCCGUACAGCCGGAGCUUAGGGAAUCCAUUCCAGGCAUGAAAAGGUUUGAUGUUACCAUUCCUGUUGUUGAAACAGACAUUCAUUUGCCGAAAAUCGAGAAAACAAAGAAAGAAACCGGAGAAGCAAUUGAAGCAUCAUCAAAGGAAGACACUGAAAAGGAGAAGAAGACAGGAAAAUUCAAAAUGCCUCAUUUUAAAAUGCCUUCAUUUGGAUCUUCAGCAUCACCAGAAAAACUUCCAAAAGAUAUAGUUGCUGCUGGCUCAGCAAAAGUAGACAUUACACUCCCAAAAGCGGAUUUGGAAAUUAAAGGUCCCAAAGUCCAAAUGAAUGAAGAUCAAGAGGCUUUAAUGCUGUCAAAACCUGAACAGGAACUCACUGUAACUAUGCCGUCUGUUGAAGUUGAAGAGAGAGAUGUUGAUAUUAAAUUAUCAGGAGAAACGUUAGAAGAAAAGGGUAAAGAAAGCAAAAUCCCUGACUUUGAUAUCGCGUUCCCCAAAAUAAAGGGCCUAGACGUGAAAUCGGCUCUGCAUAAGCCAGGUACUGAGACAAACCUUCCUGAUGUGGAAUUCGAACACACAGUUCUACUUGGUAAGCCUGAGAAUCUUUCUUCAGAAGAUGCAGAAUCAAAAAUGGAAAAGGGAAAAUUCAAGAUGCCAGAAAUGCAUAUACAAAGAUUUGGCAUUUCUUUCUCUAAAGGUUCAAGCAAACAAGGUAAAGGGGAUGAGUCUACAUACAAACUAGAUAUCACAUCUCCAAAAGUUGAACUUGACGUUAAGAAACCGCAGAUCUCAACAGAAAGUAAAACUGAAGUGAAGGUGACUGCCUCUGAAUUUUCAAUACCGACAACAAAGCCUUCUGGUGACCUGGCAAUAGGGGAGUUCGGCAUUAAAGUAUCAAGACCUGAAGUUGGCAUUAAACUAGACAGAGAAAAAGUCGUAGAGGCGGAGAUGCCAGAUGUGGACGUUUCACUACCUACGACUAAGGAAAAAGGGAUUGCAAUGACACUGAAGGAAACAGAUACCUUAACAAAACCUAAACUAAGUGAAGUUAGAGAAGGAUCCACAGAUGGCAAACACAGUAAGUUUAAGAUGCCACAUUUUAAAAUGCCGAGAUUUGGAAUAUCAUCCUCAGCAAAUAAAGCCCUGACAAGUGAAACUGACAUUGAAUCCCCCAAGGUUGAUAUGUCAUUACUUUCAAGAGAUGAUGGGAUAAAAGAAGAACUCCCAAGUCCUCAUAUUGAUGUCAACAUUUCACAAGUGAAAUCUGAGGCUAUAGAUGUAAAAGUUGGCAGUAAAGAAUUUGUUUCUGUUUCACAGGUUAAACCAUCUUCAAUGGACGCCUCUACAAUGGAAUUAUGUGAUAUUAAGUCAGAAAGUGACACUAAAGAAAAUGCUGGGACUGUAGAGGGCAACUUGCCAAUAUAUACAAAAGCCAUUGAACUGGAAUCUGAUAAAGAUGUAGUAAAAAGUAAAGUUAUGUCCUCAGAAGAGGCAGCUGAAUCUAAACAGAGUAAAGAAAAGAAGUCAGACACAAAACCCAAAAAAAGCAAAAUUAAUUUACCAUCGCUUGGUAAUUUAUUAAAAGGUUUUGAUCUCGAAUUUCAUUUUCCAAUACUUGAGUCUGAUGAUUUAAAACCAAAAGAUCAAGAUAAACCGGAAGACACCAUUGGUAGAGGAGAAGGAAAUGUUGAUGGUAAUGUGGAGAGUAUUGCAAGCUUAUCUACAGCACAGACUCUAGCUGAAGCCACAGUAAAGCACAAAGGUGUAGAACGAGGUGAAUAUAAAGAUAAUGCAUUUGAUAACAAAAUACAAUCAGAAUCAACAUCUGCCACUGCAUCCUCAGAGUCUAAACCUGCUGAAGUAAAUGUUUCUGAUCCACAAUCAGAUACAGAUGUACAGAAUGAAAUCGCAAAAGACAAGUCUGGAAUGUUUAAAAUUAGACUACCAUGGUUUGGCGAUAAUACAGAGGACAGCAUUAAACAUGAAAAUAAAUCUAUAGAUUCAAAGGAGAAACACUUACAAUAUGAAGAGAAAAAGGAAAGUGAAAUAUCAAGUGCAAAAGGAGGUUGGUUUAAAUUUCCAAAAUUGAACAUUUCCUCUCCUUCAAAGGAUCUCAAAGAUGUUAACAAUGAAAAUGCUAGUGUACUAACAGAAGAGAUAAAAGCUGAACAUGAUAUUAUUGAAGAGAAUGUUUCUGACAUAGCUGAGAUCUCUCAUGAUGCUGGCUUAAGUGAAAUUACAGACAGCCAUUUAACAGACAUGCCUUUUGACUCUCCAACACGUGUUACAGUGAAAUACACACAUUCUGAUGUUGUUACUGGUACCAGUGAUGUAUUUGCUCCAAGUGAUAUUGUUACUUCCACAGCUAGAACUGAAUUAAUUCUUUUAGAACCAAGUAUACCAGAAAAAUUUAGAAUUAAUACCAGUAACUUACUUCAUGGUGAUCCAUCAAUGCCCACAAAAGAGAUUACUGAUAAAAUUGGAAAAGGAGAUACAUCCGUACUUCAGGAGUCAAGUAAAGUUCAACCUGAAAUGAUGGUUGACAAACCAAGUGCCAUUCAUUCCACAGUUUUCUCUGAACAUACUUUACCAACAGAAAAAGUAACAUUAAAAGUCUCCUCUUCACCAGCAACAUCUUCUGAUGAUACUACUCACGGAGGUUUAACUGUAACCCACAAGGGAAGUGUAUCAGUCAAGAAGUAUAUUGUUAAGGAAACAUUUAGUGAUGAGAAGGAAAAUGUUGUAAUAACCCAAAAGAUGAAGCAAAAUGAUGAAGAUUCAGAAAUAAGAGAUACAGAGGAGGCAGUGUCUGCUCUCCAAAGGCUCAAAGACACAAUGCACUCUGAAAAGAUUAAAUUUUUCCAGACUCCAGAUUUGUCAACACCUGCAGUAAGCAGUCAGUCUGCAGAAACGGAACUACCGGAAAACAAAUAGCUUUGUCUUCACUAUUGUUAAUAACUGGCCUGUGUUCUUUAUUAUUGAUAAACUGCUUUAUUUGGUUUGUCCAGAGAAAAUGCUCUUUUGUCAGUGCAGCACUGUUCUCAUGUACAAGUAUAUUCAUUCUAUACUUAAUUUUAUUUACUUUGCUCUCAUAUGAUAAGUCCAUCACAUAUCUUAAGCAUAACACUCCCAGCAAAUUGAAGAACGCAAUUAAUAUACUUUAUUCUUUCUUGGAUAAAAUGGAUUUUUUUCCAUCAUUAGUGAAAUGUUUAUUGUGCCAAGAUAAAAAGAUAAAAUUGUUAUGUUACUGGAACAUUGUCAUUCUUUGCAAUAAAUAUGUACAGAAGUUCAGAUUAAUAGGGUUUAAAGUUUAAGCUCAUAAUUAUUGUCAAGUGUACUUAGGUGAACAAGGAAUCCAAUCGGGGGCUCAGCACACAAUUUCUGUGGGGUUCCUGGGUUCAGGUCAGUGUGGAGGGAGUGAUACUAUCAGUCUACUGAUGUCUGCCAGUUAGGAAGUGCAAAUUCCAUCUCCUGCGGGUGUCAGUAUAUUCUAAAGCUAGGAGACUACUGAGAGGAGUUAUUUAAAAACAUGCAUCAGCACAAGUUGAUACUGUCAUGUUCUAGCUUCACUUAUCAUGGCUGCUUUUUGUUUUGUUCUUCAAAUACUAUAGAAACUACUUUUUAAAAACAAUGCCUGUUGUACAUGUAUUGCAUAAUAGUAGGAUGACUGGAAUCUUAACAACACCAGCAAUUAUAAAAAAAAAUGCUGCAUGUUAUCUUAAGGUUCAUAUUUAGAACAAGCGACAUAAUGUUACAAUUUUCCACUUCGGCAGCCAUUUGUUGAAUGUCAAUUACAGAGAUUUAUGGAAUUUCUUCAGCAGCUUUUCUUUACAUCUCAAGUGCUCUCUACUCUAAAAGCCUGUAAAAUGUUUCAAAUAAGUAAUCUGCUGAAAACAGAGGAGUAAAUUGUUCUCUCAUAUGUACAAAAUUAAUUAUUACCAUAUAAUCAACAUGCUUACACAAGAGCUUUGCAUGAAAUUUAAGCAAGAAGGAAACAUUUACUUGUUCUGCAAUAAAAAGACACUGACCACUAUGUCACACAUAUAUACAUAUGCAUAUGAUAAUGCAAUAAAUAUAAAUGGAUAAUAACCAUUAGCUAAAGCAGAUAACUUGCACUAAAAUGCAUUUGAAAAGCCAAUUUUUACUAUUUUUUUCAAAACAAACAAUAAUGUUAAAGUUGUGUCUGUGGUAUGUUUUACAUUAUUGUACAAUGCUGAUUUUAUUCACUUCAUAUAUUACAAAGUGGUCAACAUUCUUUUUAAAUACUAAAUGCUGGGUAUAGUUCUAAGCUAGCAUCUUUGCUUAUGUACCCACUGAACAUAGGCAGACUCGAACGUUCUUUAAAUAUUACAUUCUGUCAGAUAGUCAUAUGCAUUCAUAUAAUUAAAAUAAAUUAUUUAUACUAACAAAUCUCAAAUGGAAAAUUUACAUCAAUGACACAUUCCUUAGGCACAAGUGCAACACAUAUUGAACAUGCUGGCUGUUGUCACUGAACCUAAAUACUUUUCAUGGAUAUUACAAGCUCUAAAUAUUGUUAUAUACUGUAUAUUUAAUGUGAUUUCUAAACAAAUUACUGUAAAGUAUUAGAGUACUCCCCUAAAACACCAGAAUGACCUGCAUGGAAAUGCUUUUUGGGUAUUUUGUGGCUACUGUAUAUAAUAUAAUAGCACAUAUUAACACAUACAAACAUGUUAAAACUAACAGAAAGUAAAAUCAAUUAAAAAAACUGAAGUGAACAGAAACAAUAAUAUUGCAUAUUUAGACAAUCUUAUUAUUAGAUAAACCAGGUUCUAUCAGCAAUGAGAAUUUUUUAAUGAUUUCCACCUCCUGUGCUACUGCAUUUUGGGCUUUUGCAUAGAGGUUCCUCAGGUUCAUCCCUGCUUUGCAAUCAAUUUAUAUUAAAAUUGUUAUUUACAUAUGAAUAUUAAAUAAACUGUGAAUAUUAAAUAAUACAGUAUGUUUUCAUUUCAUCUGUCUUUGAACAUGACUAAGACAAGGAGAUUAAAGCUAUUAGUAUAAACAGCAUGAAGGUCCGGGUCUCUAUUACUUUUGUAAUAUUCAUUUUGAAUGUUUAAGGGUUCCACCACAGCUCAAUCCUUACUCAAAAUAAAAAGACACUAAAGUUUGAAACUUAAAUUGUACUGAAAAGUACAAAUUGGGCUGACAAUUAAAGAUUUGAUUUUUGUUAGCUUA